AUGGCGACCACUCCUGGAUAUCUCACUGACUGGCCAUGGAAACCACUUGGAACCUUCAAGUAUGUGGUAUUGGCACCAUGGGUGAUCAAGUGUACAUACGACUUCAUGACCGCGGAUGCAAACAAGAGGGAUUAUGGUGUAAUGUCGAUUUUCCCCUUUCUCUUGGUUCGAAUGCUCAACAAUCAGUUUUGGAUUUCACUCUCUCGCUACAAAACGGCCAAAGGCACGAACAGGAUCGUGGAUAAGACGAUUGAAUUCGAACAAGUCGACCGUGAAAGAGACUGGGAUGAUCAAAUACUAUUCAAUGGGAUAUUGUACUACUUGGGGUAUUAUUCGUUAGAUGGAGCCAAGCAAUUGCCUCUUUGGAGAUUAGAUGGAGUUAUCAUUGUGACGUUGCUACAUGUUGGAGCCGUGGAAUUUCUGUAUUAUUGGCUUCAUAGAGCCCUCCACCACCAUUACCUCUACAACCGUUAUCAUUCUCACCAUCAUUCGUCCAUCGUCACCGAGCCCAUCACAUCUGUGAUUCAUCCUUUUGGUGAGCACUUGGCCUACUUCUUGCUGUUUUCAAUACCAUUGCUGACCAUGACCUUAACCAAGACGGGCUCCAUUGUUGCAUUUGCUGGCUAUGUGACCUACAUUGAUGUCAUGAACAACAUGGGUCAUUGCAAUUUUGAGCUAAUUCCCAAAAUAGCCUUCGAUAUUUUCCCUCCUCUCAAGUACCUCAUGUACACUCCUACGUAUCAUUCUCUACACCAUACACAAUUCAGAACCAACUAUUCGUUGUUCAUGCCAUUCUACGACUACAUUUAUGGCACGCUCGACAAAUCCACGGAUACAUUGUACGAGAGAUCACUCAAACAAAAGGAGGAAUCACCAAACGUGGUGCAUUUAACCCAUCUAACGACACCAGAAUCCAUCUAUCAUAUGAGGCUCGGGUUCGCCUCCGUGGCUUCUAAACCCUACGCUUCCAAAUGGUACUUGCGGUUGCUAUGGCCCGUCACUAUUUGGUCCAUGUUGGUUACGUGGAUUUAUGGCAAAACGUUCGUGGUCGAAAGAAACAUCUUCAAAAACCUCAAAAUACAAACAUGGGCCAUACCCAAAUACAAGAUACAAUAUUUCAUGGAAUGGCAAAGAGAGACCAUUAAUGGCUUGAUCGAGGAAGCAAUAUUAGAAGCCGACAGAAAAGGGGUCAAAGUUUUAACUCUUGGUCUGCUCAAUCAGAACGAAGAGUUGAAUAGAAGUGGAGAGUUGUUCAUAAGAAGAAACCCAAAGCUAAAAGUGAAGGUGGUGGAUGGCAGCAGUUUAGCAGUUGCUGUGGUUCUCAAUACAAUUCCCAAAGGCACAACUCAGGUUGUUUUCAGGGGAUACUUUAACAAGGUUGCUUGCUCUCUUGCCCUAGCUCUCUGCCACAAGGGUAUUCAGGUUGUAACGUCUCGGGAGGAUGAUUAUCAAAGGCUUAAAUCGAAGUUGGAAUCGGCCAAUGAUCAAGAGAGGUUGGUUCUUUCGAGAACUUACUCGCAAAAGGUAUGGUUGGUGGGAGAUGGAUUGAGCAAAGAAGAAGAGUUAAAGGCAACAAAGGGAACCAUAAUCAUUCCUUACUCUCACUUCCCUCCAACCAAAGUGAAUAAAGGUUGCUUUUACUAUUCUACCCCUGCCAUGGUCACUCCCAAACAUCUUGAGAAUGUUGACUCUUGUGAGAAUUGGUUGCCAAGGAGGGUGAUGAGUGCAUGGAGAAUAGCUGGGAUAUUGCAUGGGUUGGAAGGAUGGAAUGUGAAUGAAUCUGGGAAGGAGAUGUUCAACGUUGACAAAAUAUGGAGAGCAAGUCUUGAACAUGGAUUUACUCCUCUCAUCAAAUCAUUCAAUUAAGAACCUUUAAGUAUAAGUCAUUUUAUUUAAGUCAUCCUUAUCUUGGUUAAAAAGAUGACGUUGUCGAUAAUAUGUAAUUCAGAACUGUUUUAUGAUUCGUAUACGACUUUGAUCCCAAAGCUGUUACUGUAUUACUACUAUAUCUGUUGUAUACAAAAAUUGAUAUUUCAUUUGGUUCAA